AUGUCCUCCAUCAUCUUGGUCAUUACCAUCAUCAGCAUCCUCGUCCAUUCCAUCCAAGCCUCAAGUUCGGCCUUUGUUAUCGCUGAGAAGCUCCUUCGUGGAAGUGGCGAUCAUUGUCAAACUAUUUGUGAUGAGCGUCCCGAUUGCAUCUUCAGCUAUUGCGUAACUAAGUCCAAGGUUGUGUUCUCAUAUUCAUUGCUUCUACGUGGUCGAGUGAUGGUACUUUUUGAGUUCCCUAUGCGUAUCAUGUCUUUCGAAAUAGUAGGCUACAUCAACAUUUGA